AUGCCGUUGAUCAAUGUUGUGGCUGUCAGCAACCUCGACGAAGAAAGGUCGUUACUUGGAGCAAUCGAGCAGUCGUUCCCAGAAUCGCAACAUGUUUUAUGCGGAUGGCAUGUAACCCCGCACCUCAGAACCAACCUGGGUGGUAGUUUCCCUGCCAAAAGCCCGGAGAUAGACGAAGUACGACGAUGCAUUGAUACAUUAGUAUCCAAUAGAGACCAAGAAAGUUUCGACGAAGCUGUAGAAUCUUACUAUUUGUUGGCGGAAAAGGCAGCGUUGGCAUUUGCAAGAACAAAUAGUGAAGAAAAUCUCCUCGAGUUUCGUAGUAGCGAUGACGAAGUACAAAGAUCGCAAAUAACGACAUUGUAA